AUGGCUGAGAGAUUCCCUGCAUUGGACGGAGAGAGCGGCGAGGUUGUUGCUGGUGCUGACUUUCUUGCCCGGGAGGCAGAGCUCGUGGGUGACGAGUUCCAGACGGAACAGGAUGCAGAGUUGUUGGGGGGUGAGCCAGAGGAGGAGGCGCAAGAAGAACCAGAACUAGAAGAGACGGAGAUGGUGGGGGAGUCCACUCCAGUCAAUGCCGAUACCUCUGUUAAUGAGGCACACGCUGUAAACCCGGACGCCUCGAGGGCGAUUGACGAGUGGCGGGCACGCAGAGACGAGCAGAUCGCUGCGAGGGACGCACAAGCCGCAAGGGAGAAGGAUGAGCUUGCCCAAGAGGCGAUUGAGUACGUGGACCAUUUCUACGAGACGUACAACGAGAAAAAGGCUGCGCAGCUGGAACGUACUGAGGCAGAGGCCGCUGAGUUCCUCGCCCAGAGGGACCAGUUCUUCACCCAGGAGAACUCCGUGUGGGACCGUGCCCUGCAACUCGUGAACCUCGAGGACGCCACGGUCCUCGGUGACGGGAGGGACAGGACCCGUUUCAAAGAGCUGCUGCUGCAAUUGAAGGGCAAGGCGUCAGUGCCAGGUGCUUGA